AUGAAGAUCCUUUAUCUGCUCUUCGCAUCCCUUCUCCUUGCAUUCCUGCCUGAACCAGGGAAUGCCAGCCAUCGUUGUCAGGGAAAAGGAGGACACUGCUGUUUGUUUAAGAAUUGUCGGUACCAGAACAUGGGGCGAGUGGACUGUCAACCGGGUUGGACGUGCUGUAGACGAGGGAGGUGGAAAAUAAUGCCAUCUCCGUCUACCACCUUGGAUGUCUUCAAGAUCUGCCCAAUGACCUGA